CGCUUAGGUUUCUUCCUAUACGGCGCACCUUCCGCCAGACAGCGCUUAGGAGCGGGUGGUUGACUGUCUGUGUCGUGUAUGGUUAUAGUUAUAGGCCGUGUUGCUAAAUAAAUCUGCCAGUACUUAAGAAUAUAUAACCCUUGUGAAGCUUGCUGGCGCGGGGGUGAAGUGUGAGGUGAGGGAUGUAGGGGCUUAAGGGACGCGGUGUCAUAGCAGCUGGACGGCGUGCUUCAUCUUAGGCUUAGGUACGGUGACAGGAGCCAUGAACACAGUCACGGUCUCCGCCGUGGAGCCAUGAACGCAGUCACGGUCUCCGCUAUGGACCGGGCGGGCGCCGUCCUGACCGGGAAGCGGCUGUUAUUCGCUUCGGCGCUUUUGAUACGAAUUCUCCUGACUUUCUUUGGGAUGUAUCAGGAUAAAACUAUGGAGGUGAAAUACACAGACAUCGACUACCACGUAUUCACAGAUGCAUCCAGAUUCAUCACACAGGGAGCGUCGCCAUACAGGAGAUCCACUUACCGCUACACCCCUCUGCUGGCCUGGAUGCUGGCCCCUAACAUCUACCUGAGCGUGCAUUUUGGGAAGCUGCUCUUCAUCGCAUGUGACCUCAUCUCUGGCUACCUGACGUACAGCAUCCUGCGCCGGCGGGGGAUGCCGUGUCAGCUGGCCUGUCGGUACUGCGCCCUGUGGUUGCUGAACCCCCUGCCUGCUGGCGUCUCCAGCCGGGGGAACGCGGAAGGCCUGCUGGCUGCCCUGGUGCUUGCCACGCUGGCCUGCCUGGAGGAUGGGCACCCAGCCCGAGCAGGCGCCUUAUACGGGCUCUCGGUGCACAUGAAGAUUUACCCGGUGACCUACGCCCUGCCCAUCGCCCUGUCACUUCAGGCCGGCCCGGGACGCAGCACCUCGGACGCAGCACCAUCCCGCUGUGGAGGAAAGCUGGUGAAAACCCUCCGGAGGUUCUUAAGCAGGGACCUGCUUGUGUUUGCUGCUGUUUCAGGAGCAGUCUUCUGUGGAUUUACCUUACUGUUCUACCGGAUGUAUGGCUGGGAAUUCCUACAGGAAACUUACCUCUACCACCUGACCAGAAGGGACAUCCGGCAUAACUUCUCUGCCUACUUCUACAUGCUGUACCUGACUGCGGAGAGCUCCUGGAGCCUGGCGCUGGGCCUGGCCGCGUUCCUGCCCCAGCUAGUGCUGAUCCUGCUCACCUCCCUGGCCUACCACUCUGACCUGGCCUUCUGCUGCUUCCUGAACACAGCCAUCUUUGUCUCCUUCAAUAAAGUCUGCACGUCCCAGUACUUCCUGUGGUACCUGUGUCUUAUGCCGCUAGUCCUCCCUCGGCUCGCCAUGUCACUCAGGAGGGGAUUGGCUCUCCUGGUGCUUUGGUUCGCCGGACAGGCCGUCUGGCUGGCCCCCGCUUACUGCCUGGAGUUCGAGGGACAGAAUACCUUUGUGCUUGUCUGGCUGGCCGGCCUGCUCUUCCUGCUCAUAAACACAUAUGUCCUGGUGGAGAUCAUUUGCCAUUAUAAACCAGAGCAGAGGACUAAACUGGAUUAACGGAAGGACAGAGUGUAUCGCUCAUAGACCCAACUUAAUCAGAGCUCUUUCUGUGUCCAGAGAGAUGCCGACAACCCCAUUGCAAGUUCAUAGAAAUAAUUUUUUUUGUUAAUCUUUGACUAGAGUAUAACUGCAUUCCUAGAGCAAGGAGGCAGAAGUGCACUUAUUAAAAAUAAAAUAUUGGAAGUUUGUA